AUGACCAGCGGCCUCGGCGCGCGCGGGGGCGCGAGCGCGUCGAGUCAGAAGAACUACGACUGGCGGCAGAUCGAUCCCGUGGUCGUGGAGGACAUCCUGAACCAUGCGGAGGAAAUAGCGGUCGCGGAGACGGGCGCGGGCGGGGAAGUCACGCUCCUGCGUCUUCUCAAGGCGUACGAGACCGUCCUCCAAGAGCACGGCAUCGUCCCCGAGGAGGACACGCACUACUACCGGUUCCUCCUGAAGCUGUCGCUGGACCCGGAUCCGAAUUGGUGGGUCAAGUACGAGCGCGAAAAGGCGCGGCUGAACCAAGCCGGCGCCGGCCUCACCGCGAGGACGCCGCGGAUGACGCCGCACCACGGCGGAGACGGGUUCGACAGCGACUACUACGACGUCCGCGAGCGCGUCUUGGCGGAGACGAAGCGGAGCAACCGACAGGUGCACUACCACCCGGGCACGGGCGGCGGAGGCUAUUACCCCGAGUACGGCGAAGACCCCGCGGAGAGCGGCUACGCGGACUUUAAACUCCUCGCGGCGUCGUUUCGCGUGUGGGUUCGGCACGCCGCGGCGCUGCGCGCGCUGAGGAUCGCGAGAGAGGCUGCGGUGGAGAACUACAUGAUCUCCGUGUCGUUUUGGGAGUGCCAGACCCUGAAGCGGUGCCUCUCGCGUUGGCGCGGACGAAGGAACGUGUUCCAGCUCCACGCGCUCAGGUUUUGGUACGGCAGCAACCUCAAGAUGCGGUUCUUGUGGUGGAGGGAGAUUUCCAAAUUCAACCGCGUCGGCGCGCAGUCGAAAGCGAUCGACGCGCAUCGCAAGGCUGCGAUGAAGAAGGCGUUCAAAGGGUGGUCGAUCGAAGCCGCGAGGGAAGCCGCGCUGUCCAAGUGCGGCGGCAGCGUCGAAGCGCAGACGCUGCAUCGGAUCAAGCUCAUGUCGUACGUCAAGUGGCGCAGCGCGUUCCACGAGCGCAUUCGAAGAAGAGAAGUCCUCGAGAGAUGCGCGAGACGCAUCAUGCAACGCUCGCUCUCGGGCGCGUACCAAGCCUGGGUGCACUUCACGCUCGUCAGGCUGGAACAAAAGGCGACGUACGAGCGCGUGUUGGAGAUUCCGAAGCGUCGGCACAUGCGCAUCGGGUGGUUCUCGUGGAGGAACGCGUUUCUCGACCGCGAGCGCAUGCGACGCGCGUGCCGGUUGAUUCUCAACUCGCAGAUCGCGCGCGCGCUUCGAACGUGGAAGAACGUCGUCGACGAGCUGGUGGACAUGCGACGCAAGUGCGAACGCGUCAUCGCGCGGUUGCAGAUGCGCGCCGCCGCGGGCGCGUUCGCGCGCUGGUGCGAGAUGGUGGAUGAGAUCCAGGAGCAGCGCGGCGUCUUAGAGAAGGCGGUGCGGACGAUGAUCACCCAACGCGGCCUCAGAAGCGCGUGGGCGAAGUGGGUCGAGUACGCGGAGCAAGAGAUCGAGUUCAGGGAGAAGACGGGUAAGAUCAUCAAGCACUUCAUGAACCGCACGAUGGCCGCGGCGUGGAACCGCUGGAUCGAGUUCGCGGAGCACUGCCAGCUCGUCAGGAUGGCGGCGAAGUAUUUCGUGAACGGGACGCUGAUGCGCGCGUUUCAAAAGUGGCAAGACAAAGUCGUGGAGCUCCAGGAGGACAACGCGCGGCUCUUGAAGGCGGUGAAAAUUUUCAGCAACCGCACCCUCGCCGGGGCGUGGAACAAGUGGUACGAGCUCAUCGAAGAGAAACGAACGCUCGAGGAGAAGAUGAGGCUCGCGAUGAAGAAGUGGUUCAUGAAGGAACUGUACAACGGCUUCGAGGCGUUCAAGGAAAACUGGGAGCUGAACAAGCGCCUGCGAAGGGCGCUGGUGUAUUUCACCAACGCCGCGAUGCUCAGGGCGUUCCAGCGCUGGGAGCAGUUCGCGAUCGAGUCGCAGGAGGACAGGGUGCGCAUCGCGAAAGCGCUGAAGAAGUUCAUGAUGGCCGCGACCGAGGGCGCGUUCCGGCGCUGGGAAGAGUUCACGCAAGAGAGCAUCGAGAUGCGUCAGAAGCUCGAGUCGAUCAUGGCGCGCUUCAUGAACCGAACGCUCGCGGGGGCGUGGAACAAGUGGGAUUCCAUCGUGGUGCACAAGAAACACAUGCGCGAGUGUCACAUGCGCGCGCUCGUGCACUACGCGGUGUCCCUGCAGGGGCGGUGUUUCCACACGUGGUACGACAACGCGUCCGAGUCGGCGCGCAUGGAACGCGUGAUGCGGUCGGUGAUUUCGCGCAUCAACAACCGAAAGCUCAUCGGGUCGUGGGAGCGGUGGCACGAUUACGUCGACGAAGUCAUCGAAGCGCGCGCGAUCGCUUCCAGGGCGCUCGCGUUCUUCACGAAGAAGAACAUGGCCGGCGCGUUCGCGCGCUGGUGCGACUUCACCGAGGAGUCGCUCGAGCUCAAAGAGAUGCUUCAGAAAGCCGUCAACCGAUUCAUGAACUCCGCGAAGCAAGCAGCUUUUGACACCUGGUAUCACGUCACGACCGUGGAGCUCGAGCGGAAGCGCUUGGUCAUCGAAGCCGUCGCGAAGCGCAUGAACCGAAGCGCCGGCUUCAUCUUGAAGCAGUGGUACGACUACACGCAGUUUGAGCUCCGCAUGAGGGACACGCUCGAGAAGGCGGUGAGGCUGUUGAUGAACAGGACAAUCAACGGCGCGUUUAGGCGGUGGGAGGAGAAAGUCGAGGAAGCGAGGCGGCUGCGCAUCGCGAUGCGUAAGUUCAUCAUGGGCGCCGUCGCCGCCGCGUUCGCGAGGUGGGUCGAGUACAUGAACGACAUGCAGCUUCUGAGGAAGCUCACGCUCGCGAUGACGAGAGGGAACGAGCAGCUCCUGGAGCGGUACUUCCUCAAGUGGGUCGACUUCCGCAGAGGCGUCAAGGAGGAGAGGGCAAACUACAAAGCCGCGGUGCUCAAGUUUUUCGGAAGCUCGCAGAGGAAGUGCUUCGUGGAGUGGACGAAAUACACCUACACGAUGCUGCGCGUGAAGCAAAUCUUAGGGAACGGCCUGAAGCGCACGGUGAAACUCGCGCUGCGGGCGUGGGGCGAAGAAGCCGUCAGAGCGAAGUUGAUGCGGUCGAAGAGCGGGUUUCUCGCGGCAAACUCCGCCGCGGGCGUCGGCCGACGGUCGUUCAAGAUUUGGAUGCGAACGAUGCGCGGGUGCAGGCACUUCCGGCUUCGUCACUCGCGGUCGCACUUCACGCAGUGGACGUACUUCUGCGGCGUUCGUAAGGAGGACAAGCGACGCGAGGAGAAGUUGCGGAUCGUUCUGAAGCAGAUCAUGUUUGGAAAUUUGAACCGGAUGUUCGCCGGGUGGCGGCUCAUCAUCAUCCGCAACAAGCGUUUUUUCCGCAAGCAAGCCGCGCUGACGCGCGCGCUCGCGAACGGCGACGCGCUUUUGCGACAGAAGAAACGACGUCUGAUCACCGCGGCGUGGCGGUCUUGGCGCGUGGACUCGGGGAAGAUGCACCACGUCAGGAAGCUGUUGGGCCGCGCGUUUUCGCGCGCGAAGGGGACGUUCUUUUCGCGCUGGUGGAACUACGUCGAGCACCGCCGCUCGAAGCUCGAGAAGUUUCAGUCCGCGACGCAACUGUACGAUCACAUGCUCCAGCGCGCGACGUUCCAACAGUGGCUGCGCACGUCCCAAGAGCUCGCGUCCGAGAUGGACGCGAAGCUCCGCUCCGCGCUCGAGUUUGCCUUUGGCUCCACGUUGAUCUUCACGCUCAACAAGUGGCGAGCCGUCGUGCAAGAGGGGAAGCGCAAAAAGUUCGCGAUGCAGCGCCUGAUCGCGCUCCUCGCCGGGUGCAACCUCGAGAACACGGCGAGGCACGUCCUCCUGGAGUGGAAAAACGUCUGCCUCGAAACGCAGAGGGGGACGAUGCACCUGCGCAAGGCGGACAACCACUUCGCGUUUCGCGUCAUGGACCAGGCGUUUUUGUCCUGGCGCGUGCAAGCGCGGCCGCUCACGAUGGAGGAGCACGUCGGGACGAUCGCUCUCGGGUCGUCGGUGUGGGACAAAGACUACGACGACGACGGUCACGACACGGCGACGCACGCGACCGUGCUCGUGCGACGAACGCGCGCGAUGUUCGACGGGAAGAACCCCGACAGCGAAGACGAGGCGGAGGAGGACGUGGAGGAGAUCGUCGCCAAGGCGCCCGCGACUGGCGUGCGCGGCGUUCUCGCGCGCGCGUCCGCGCUCUCCGGCGUGGACUCGUUAGCCCCGGAGGAAGAGCCGUCGUUCCUUCUCGGCGCGAGCGGCUAUCGCAACGCCGGCGGCGGCGGGGAUAAGCUCGCGUCCAGUAUGCGACGCGCGAAGGAGGAGGAGGAGGAGGAGGAGACGUACUUUCGCCCCGGGCCGCGGUCGAACCUCGCGGCGAGUAACCGGUUCAGCACGCCGUCCGGGCGCGACGUCGGCGGCUCGUCCGCGCGGGCGCGCGCGCGGUCGAUGAUCGCGCCGAGCACUGUCGGCCACGGCGGCGGCGGCGGCGGAGGGAGCGUCGCGCCGCGGAGGAGCGUCCCGGCGAGCGCGGGGGCGGCGUCGAGAAGCGCGGGAUUUUGCUCCGACUGCGGCGCGGCGUACGCGCGCGCGGGACAAAAGUUUUGCAUGGAGUGCGGCGCGCCGAGGUGA